CUGCUUGUGGAUAAAUCCUUGCAGAUUAUUCCCAUUCUCAAGUGGGAGCAAAAAACCAUGAUCCUUGCUUAAUGUUCUGUUUGUGCUGGGGAUCAUGAUUUGAUUCACCCCAAACAAACCACAAUCUGAAGCCAAGCUUUGUUCUUGACUUAUCAAACAUGCUCUGUUUUGGCAAAACAAACUAUGAUCCCCAGUUUGGAUGCAAUGCUAAAUCAAGGAUUGUUGCUCCAGCUCGCUGGUGGGAAACCAUGAAGCAGGAAUUAUCUGCGUGUUCACAGUAAACCAUCGCUUACCACAAGAAGUCUAUAUACUGUAUGUUUGCCACCUGGGAUAUAAAAUAUUUUGAGUAAACGUAUCAAAAAAGCUGUAGCUCAGUCGAAGGAUCACAGGCUCUGCAUGCAAAGUUCCCUGGUUCAACUCCUGGCACCUUCAAGUAGGGCCCCUGUCUGGAAUUAUGGAAAACCAAUGCGGGUCACUAUAGAUAAUACUAUAGAUAAUACUAAGUAGUGCAAACGUGUUGGUAUGAGGCAGCUUCCUAUGAUCCUAAAUAAACAAUAUGCUACUCAUGUAGAAGUAUUGCCUUUUCACAAAAAUGUCCCCAUCAAGUAAAAGAUAAGUACGAAUGGAGGUGUCAACCUGUGAACAUGCCUCCACUUCUAAAAAGCAGGUGCGAUCCCCAGAGACACUCACCUGGUACCUACCUUGAUGUCAUUUCAGCGCCUGACCACAACCAUUUCCCCAAGCUUUGGACUAUACUAUUUUUAGUGGAAGAAGCUAGUGAAUUAGUUUUGCUGUGCUUUCAGAUAAGGCCUGCUUUUUUAUCUGCUGUUGCUGUUGCUGCACUUGUUAUGUUCAUUUCACCCUGGAAACACUGUGCGUUGGAAGGUGCGGGGUUGUAAAUUUAGGAAAUGCAAUGACUGAAAAGGACUGAAGUGGCAAAGGAUGCUGCAUCUCUCCUUGGGAGAACUCAUGUUUUCUUUGCAAGUAGUCUUGGUAUUUCCAAUUAAAAUAAGCUCAGGAAGCAAGGCUGGGGGAAAGACAUCUGCUUUUGUCUCUGAAAAGAUCAAUACUAGGCUAGGUGGACCAAUGGUCUGACUCUGUAGGCUUCUUCAAAUGUCACUGAACACAACCGCAAGCUGUCUAUACACACGGAUGAGUGUUUGUGUGAAAGGAGGUACACGUGUUGAUUUGUACAGCUCAACUAAUUUGUACACAGGUACACAGAUUGUACACAACUUGAAUAUAAUAUAUAAGCAUCCUUAGGAACACGGGAAGCUGUCUUAUAUUGAGUCAGACCAGAGGUUCAAUUUAGCUCUGUAUUGCCACUGCUGCCCUUCCAGGGUUUCAGACAGAUCUUCCCAAGACUUACCUGGAGCUGCUGGAGAGCAAACCCAGGACCCUCUGCAUGCACCGCAGGUGCUUUUCCAAUGAGCAGCAGCUCCAAGCUUCAAACACUCCGCUGUUGAGCCUCUUGGCCUGCUACUCUUAUUACCACCUAAAUCCCUGCUUCCUACUGCAGGUGGUGGAAGUGUUUUUUAAAGAGAGACUUUAGCAGAGCUGCGUUCUUGGCUAUGACACUCAGCUUGGCACCUGGGGACUCUAAUUACAAAUUCCCAAACCAAAUUUGGGUGUGUUGCAAAUAGCCCCAAAGUAUAAUCAUAUGGACUGGAAAGGGCUUCAUAAGCUACAUGUGACUCCCCCCCCCUUAGUCAACAAGGAGCGUGACAGAGUCUCAGUAACUGUGUCAACAGUCAUACGUGAUAAAAGCCAUCUGCACACAAGGGGUCUGUAACAGCCGGUGGCAUUUAGGAUGUGUGCCGAAAACUGGCAUGGUCUGUGCCUUGAGCCUCUUGGUACGUUGUGUGCACAACGGCAUUGCAGCCCAAGUGACCUCACAGGGCUCAGCUGGACCCAGAAGCUAAGGAGACAUGUAGUCAUGGCUAUGAUGACAGGAGGGCCAUUCAGCAUCUUAAGAGACAAUAAAGGAUCCGUGUGCCCACUUUUUCCACCACCACCACCCCUUCUCCUCUCCUCCUCUCCCUGCCCUCAAAAGCUGAAGCCCAGGCCAGAGUCCCACAUCAUGUAGAUGAAUAGCAGGUCUGUUCCAGCAGCUGUGCUUUCCCUCCCACCCAGCAAAGGCACUGGGAGACUCCAGAAAGCUGCAGAGACUUGGUCUCUUGUCCAGGCUGAGAGGAUUGAAAAGAAAACCUGGGAAUAAAAAAAGGGAGGAAAAGAUGGGAUCGGAAGGAGAAAUGAUCAACCUUCAUCCAUCCAUUCCUGGCUCCAGGUUGGAAAACAUCAUCAACAUCAAUCAUUACGCCACCAAGAAAAGCGUGGCUGAGAGCAUGCUGGAUGUGGCGCUCUUCAUGGCCAACGCUGCGCAACUGAAGGCAGUGUUGGAACAGGGGACGUCCUUCCAAUAUUAUGCUGCCCUGACAGCUCUCAUCACCAUUUCCCUCUUCUUCCAAACUGCCAUUGGGAUUCUCCUGAUCAUUAUAGCUCGGAUGAACCUGAACGACGUAACGAAGCAGCAGCGCCUGAAUUUGCUCAACAACAUUGCCACAAUCCUAGUCUUCAUCAUAGUCAUCAUCAACAUCUUCAUUACCGCUUUCGGUGUGCAGAAGACGGGUCUCUAUCCUAGCAUUUAUGGUGGUCGGAGAAUCUACUAAGCCAUGGGUAGGCAAACUAAGGCCCGGGGGCCGUAUCUGGCCCAAACGCCUUCUAAAUCUGCCCACAAACGGUCUGGAAAUCAGCAUGUUUUUUCAUGAGUAGAAUGUGUCCUUUUAUUUAAAAUGCAUCUCUGGGUUAUUUGUGGGGCUUGCCUGGUGUUUUUACAUGACUGGAUUGUGUGCUUUUAUUUAAAAUGCAUCUCUGGGUUAUUUGUGGGACAUAGGAAUUUGUUCUUUUUUUCUUCUUCUUCAAAAUAUAGUCCAGCCUCCCACAAGGUCCGAUGGACAAUGGACCAGUCCCCUGCUGACAAAGUUUGCUGACCCCUGUAUUAAGCCUUGGAAGAAUAAGAAAAGAGUGAGUCUUAGGCUUCCAGAUUUGACAGAUAAACACUCACCAUCCAUUUUUGCCUAUUUGGACAUAUGAACUGCUUAAGAAUAAUGAUUGAUGGAGUAUCCUAAGCAAUGAAGUGGGAUGAUGGCAGUUCUUUCUUCUCUCUCUCUCUCUCUCUCCCCUCCCCCCCAAAAAAUAUUAAAAGGGUGGUUAUCUCUAGGCAGACAGUUCCACAGCAGAAGAGUCUGAUCCUUGUCACCAUCAACAGUAAGAUGCACAACCUGCCUGAUCCUCUUGUUUUUCCUUGCAGGCUGGAGCACAUGGUAGAAGAUAGCUGGGAUGCCUUUCCAUAUAGUCUUAUUGAUCUCAGACUUGACGAUCCAUUUAAGAUACACAACUGCCUGGGUGAGCCCUAUUGCAAGUACAUCAGUUGCUCCUUGUGGGCUACUUCUGCAACAUGUUUACAGCUGUGAAGAGGUGAAUAAUUUUUCAGCUGAUCUUGACAGCAGCCUCUCCUCAUCUCAACCCAUAAUGAUGUUUGUCUCCUGUAAUGGAGUGGUUGGGAAUUUCAGGUUUGAGAGCCGAAUGCAGCCCUUUAGGACUUUCUGGGACUCUCCCCAGGUUAGACUUCUUCCUCAGCCAAGCAC